AUGGCAGUGGUCAAGGUUUUGCUGCACAGCCUCAGUGCCUCCUUUCUGUUUUACGGGGUAAUAGUGGGGCUGGUCGUCAUUUACAUUUUAACUUCAUCCAAAAGGUCAAGGGGCAAGCUGCCCCCUGGGCCCCCUCCUCUGCCAAUCAUCGGUAACUUGAAUCUGGUGGAUCUGAACAAGCUGUAUCAGUCUCUGAUGGAGCUGUCAGAGAACUACGGCAGCAUGUUCACUGUUCAUCUUGGACCCAGGAAGGUUGUGGUCCUUGCAGGCUAUGAUGCAAUCAAGGAUGCUCUUUUUAACAACAGUGAAGCAUUUGGAGACAGACCAGAAAUCCCAAUAUUUCAGAAGGUUACAGGUGGACAUGGUAUUGGCUUUAGCAACGGAGACACGUGGAAAGCGAUGCGAAGAUUUGCCUUGAGCACACUCCGAGAUUUUGGAAUGGGAAAGAAAUCCAUAGAAGCCAAGAUUCAGGAGGAGCUAAAUUCCCUUGUCAAGUAUUUUCAAUCACAUCAAGGUAAACCCUUUGACACAAAGAUUAUACUGAAUAAUGCUGUGUCCAACAUCAUCUGCUCCAUCCUUUUUGGAGACAGGUUUGAAUAUGAUGAUCCUGAAUUUCUACACUUGUUACAACUGCUAAGCGACAAUACAAAACUGAUGGGUUCGUCUAUGGUGCAGUUAUAUAAUUUCUACCCAUUUUUCGGAUUUCUGAUUGGAGCUCACAAAACUGUAGUACGAAAUAUUCAGGAGAUCACCAGCUUUAUCCAAAAACUGUUUAAAGAGCAUAUUCUGAAUUUUAGUCCAAAUCACCUAACAGGUUUUGUGGAUGCUUUUUUGCUGAAGCAGCAGCAGGAAUCAAAAAAUCCCCAGACAGAAUUCCACAACAAAAACCUGCUCUUCUCCACCCUGGACCUCUUUGCUGCUGGAACCGAGACAACCUCGACAACCCUUCGCUGGGGUCUUCUUCUGAUGAUGAAAUAUCCAGAGAUUCAGAGAAGGGUCCAUGAAGAAAUAGAUAAAGUCAUUGUACUGGGACAAGUCCCUAGUGUGGAGGAUCGGAAAAAAAUGCCAUUUACAGACGCGGUGAUUCACGAGAUGCAGAGGUUUGCCGAUAUUGUUCCGAUGGGUCUGUCCCGCAGCCCCACUAAGGAUAUCCAUUUCAGAGGCUUCGUCAUUCCUAAGGGGACGGAGGUGAUCCCCUUGCUGAGCUCCGUGUUUUGUGAUCCAUCUCACUGGGCGACACCAUAUCAGUUUAACCCUUCUCACUUCCUGGAUGCUGCUGGAAACUUUGUCAGAAAAGAUGCCUUUAUUCCUUUCGGCCUAGGGCGCCGGGCUUGUGCUGGAGAAGGCCUUGCCAGAAUGGAGCUCUUUCUGCUCUUCACAGGUUUGCUCCAGAAAUUCACUUUCCAAGCUGCCCCUGAGGUGGACAAGGCAGAUCUAGACCUCACCGCAAGUGUUGGUUUUACCUUAACUCCAAAGCCUCACUUGGUGUGUGCCCUUCCGCGCGAAGAAGCCAAAUCACAAGGAUGA